AUGCAGCCUUCGGGCCCCGAUUCGCAUGUAGGUGAAGCUGUGCCGCCCGAUAUUCUGGACUACGACACCAGCACGGACAUGGUGGUGAUGGAGGGACGAAACGUGACUCUGCGUUGCGCCGCGACCGGUUCCCCGGCGCCUAACAUCACCUGGCGACGCGAGGAUGGUCAGCACAUUCAGCUUGGGAACGGGGAUGAUGUUGCGAGCGUGGACGGCCCGAGCUUCAAUAUCACAAAAGUGAACCGGCUACAUAUGGGUUCCUAUUUAUGCAUUGCGUCUAAUGGCGUGCCCCCCUCUGUCAGCAAAAGAAUAAUGCUCACUGUGCAUUUUCCGCCGAUGAUCUGGGUUCAGAAUCAGUUAGUAGGUGCCCGCGAAGGCCAGAAGCUGACUCUCGAAUGCCACUCGGAAGCAUUCCCGAAGUCUAUCAAUUAUUGGACCAGAGACCAGGACAAGAUUGUGCCGCAAGGAGGAAAAUACGAUCCGGUGCUGAAAGAUAACGCGUACAAAAUACACAUGAAGCUGACGAUAAACUCCGUCAGUCCGGCGGAUUACGGCUCGUAUAAAUGUGUAUCCAGAAACUCGUUGGGGGACACUGAUGGCAGCAUUAAAGUCUAUCCAAUAUCGAGCAUCAAUGCAAGCGGCAACAGCACCAAAUACAAAGGUAAAGCGAGGUAUAAUUCAGGGAACAAUAACAUCCUGGAGGGAAAUCAAGAUAUGCUAAAGGAACGAGAUUUGAAACUACGAGGUCGUAAGGAGAACGGCGGCGACGAUGUGGCGGACUACGACGAAUCCAGCGCCACCAGCAACGGCAGCUCGUUACUGCUGGUGAUACUCGUCGCGCUGUGCCUGUGCCUCCAUCAUCAUCCGCAGAUGCGAACGUUACAUCCGGCCUGAGAUCUACCCACAACGGUUCUGCACGCAAUCGCACGCGUACUUCGAUCAUCGAAUCAUCAUCGUGACUUUGUACAUCCACUUUGUAAAUCCAUCGCUCAGGGACUUCCGUCGAGGAUGAAUAUCGUCGAGGACUGCGUUGACCACUUUAAACUUAAUACAAUAGGAUAAUAAUAAUAUUAAUAAAUAGCGUUAGAGUGGCGGCCCAAGCUAGCGGGUCGCUUCGCUGGCGGAGUUCGCUAAGGGAGGAUUACGACUUAAGGGACAGUUUCGGUCACAAACGGACAGUUUCGGAACCGGAGUUGCCGCGCAAAUUUACCCCAUGCGGCCGGAAUCACGUUACAACGUUGGGGGGAACGUCUGAUUUAUUUUAGGGUUGCAUUAGCGGCAUCGCAGAGAUAACUCAAGUAUCGUUAAUAAGUUUCGUUAAUUAUCCUUAAAUUAUGAUGACCGUGAUGUAUUGAUUUUUGAAGAUGCAAAUUAAGUUAAUCUCACUCUUAAUUCUUAUCUCCUAUCCUUAGCUUAACUUUAAAUUAAAAGACUUGUAGUCAAAGCUUGUAGCCGCUUAUUAUCGAUGAUUUUAUUUCUUUGUAUUAUAGGUAGGCGAUAUUCUAUGUAACAGAGAAAACUUUGCAUACAGCUAAUAAAUUCUUUAUGAAAUAAUAAA